AUGUUUGAAGGUGCUGAAGGUGCUGAAGGUGCUGAAGGUGCCGAAGGUGCUCAUAGUAGAUUCGAUAAAGGUGUCGAGCAGGUGUUGUAGGUGCUGACUGGGUACCGAAGAUGCCGAACAGGUGCUUAGGUGCUGAGCAGGUGCUGAGGUGUCAUGGUGCUGGGUGCCUGCACUUACCCCCUUGACUAAAUAUCACUACUAAGGGUUGAAAGUUACCGUUUCCAGACGGUUACCUGGGAACAGUAACGGUAACUUCCCACCCCUAAGCACUACUACUCGAAGAAACUACGUAUUUGUUGGCAAUGAGAAUAAGAUAGGUGAUCGGAAGCAUGUGUAGUAGGUCAAAUGUGUAGUAAAUGAUGGUGAGUGUCGUCUUGAGACGAUAUUCUCUGGAUGACACUUGAAAUCAAUUAGUUAAUUUACUCACUUACAUUUGGUUAUAGAUAUUUUUUUUAAUUCAAUAUAAAAGUUUCUGAUGAACAUUUUGGGUAUUGUUAAAACAACGUAUGCUUUUGAAACAAACCAAUUACCAAAGGAUGUAUUAUCGUUUACUAAUGAGAACUUUUUUGGCUUUGUUAAAGAAAUAUUAGGUAAAACAGCAGCUGAUCUUUUGCAGAUACAAGCAAUAAAUGAUGUACCAUAAUUUUUAUUAAGUUAUGAUACAUACGUUGUUAUAGAACUCGAUAAAUUAAGACAAAGUGUUUCAUUUUCUCAUCAAGAUUAUAUAUAGUGUUAAGCUUGGUAAUAAAAUGAAUUCAAAUAUUUAAAAAGAUUGUUAUUAUUAAAGCUAGAAGAAAAUGGCAAAAAAAACCAAGACCAAACCAAAUGCAAACAAAAUUUAAUUCAACAGCAUCCGUAUUGAGAAAAGAAAAUCAUGUUGAAUUCAUAUAUAUUUUAAUAAAGAAAUGGACUGAAGACACCAAAGAAAAUUUGAAUUUUGAUGACUUACAAUAAAAACCAGAUACUGAUUAUACACUAAAAUCAAAUAGCUAAUAAUAAUAAUAAUAAUCUUGAAGGUUCAAUAAGACUUAUAUGUACUAUUGAAAUGAAAUUGAGAAAAAAAGAUGGUGAAUUUGAAAUCAGUAAUGGUUACAGAUAUUAAACAUCUUUAAUAUGUUCUAUUAUAAGAGAGAAAAAAAGAGUCAUAGUCAAUAGCAUCACAUGUUGCAUAAUAUUAUCAAUAAUAACAAUUAUGAUAUUGGAAACAAUGAGAAUUAUCAAACGACAGCUUCUUUACCAGAAAACCUCAACAAACACUAUCACAAACAUUUCUCAAUGUACCAAAAUCUUCAUUGCAUCGAGCAAAUGUAUCAUCAUCGUCAACAACAAAAGAUACUAACCGUAUUUCAUCGAACUUAACCUCAACAUAUCCACUACAAUUAUCUUCAGCAGCACAAAGACAAAAAAACAACAUUCUUUCUGUUAAUUAUUUAUAUAUGAAUAUAUACUUCUUCUCUGUAGUUCAAUAUUUCGUGUAAAAAAGCUUGUUAGCGCAGAUCCUUUGAAGCUAAAAUGUGGAACUCACGUAUAUCUUCCAGUUUUGCUAUCGUAAUACAUCAUCUGUAAAUUGAAAGCUUUCUCAUCGACUACAGGUGUUUUUUGUAAAUCACUACUGACAAGAAAAAUAAUUGAUUAUUUAAUUUCUACAUUUAAAAUUGAAACUUUUCUUCGUUUAUGCGUGCCCGAUUAUUUUUUAUUAUUGUUGCUAUACACACAUUAAUAAUCAUUUUUCUUUGUUAGUUUUUAUUUGAAAUUACUUUUUUUUUCAUCAUCGAUUAUUUCAUCAAUAAGACUAUUAGAAUAAUGCAGUUUCUAUCUGUGAGUCACUCUCAUCACACUAUUAUAUAUCUCACCUAAGUCAUAAAUGGUGAUAUUAUAUACGUGUGACACUGAUACAAAGAUCGAAUCAUGUUUUUUAUAUCGAUUAUACCAUCGCUAUGACCGAUCAAUACCUAUUAUUACUCUCUAUUGUUGAUUUUUUACGUGUAAAUUUAAAUUCUAAAAAAGAAUCAGUGAUUAUAUUAUUAGGAACUCUAAUAAACUUAUAUUAGUUUUCCCAAGAUUUAUGAAAACAUUGAAAUAUUGUCUAGCAGUCAAACUGAUAUUCUUCAUACUGUUCAACUCUCUUUUCAUUGUUGAAUAAAGUUGAAGUUUUUUAUGCGUGGUUGCUAAUGUCUGUAAUGGGAGGAGGGGGGGGGGGGAGGGAGCCGCCAACCUUCGACUUAAAACUUACACUCACUGUUUUCUUCGAAAACAUAGGUGAGAUUCACAAAAAUAACUAACAUUAAUUUUUCUAUUGUAAGUUGAUUAAUAUCCUAAGAAAGUCAUUUUUCCUAUAGCUUGAUUUAUAUUGGUCCCUGGUCAACCAAUAGGGCUUCGAGCCAAGUGGCGUACGGAUUUGGGUUCUCCAUCCCAGAAAACUUCGAAUUAUCAUCUCUGUGAUCGGAAGAUAGAUCUCUAAUUAGAGAUGAAUUAGAGCGUGAACAAAAACAGAACCAAUUUCCGUUUAUUUAUCUUUGCAAUAGGUAAGCUAGUCUUCUUCUUUCUUUAUGUUUCAUAUACCAAUUUCUAGCUGGUGAAAUUCUCUAUCAGAUGAUGUAAAAUAAUUGGGAUUUUAUUUGAUUAUGAUAGGAAAAGAUGUUUACGAAAGCCGGAAUGAGUCGAUUUCCGCAUAGGAAGGUACAGGGGAAAAUGACUAUUUUUGCAAUAACUCAGAAACACCUCUGUCAAUUCUUCUCAUCUUCUAACUUGGCCGGAAUAUUGCCGGGACUAAACUGUGUAGAAAAUAUCAUUGUAAUCUGCCUCUCUUUUCAAAAGUUAUCGUGUAAACGGACGUAUGGAUACACCGACCGAUUCUAGAGUGUACUCACAUUUUAAGUACACAAAAGCAUAGAUUCAUUUUCCUGCUAUAGGUUGAUUUAGAUAUCUAAAUCGUGUAAUGAGUUUCAUUUCCUCAAAAUAAAAUAAAUCUGUUGAUAAUUUUAUUAUAAAUUGAUGCAAAUAUCAAAGUGAGAGUGAUUUUGGUCGUACAUUUGAACUAAAUCUAUUUGAUAGUGCGAACUUUAGUCGUGACAUUCAUAUGUUUUAUUGUUAAUUUUUUAAUAUAUUUUUGACUGAACUUAGCCUAUCCAUUUAUCUAUAAUAGAUUGAUUCAAAUAUCGAAAUAAUAGAAUGAACUCGAUUUCUUCAAACAGAAUAAGUCUGCUUAUAGUUGUAUUUCCGGUUGACUUAAAUAUUAUAAAAUGAGAGUAAAUCUGAUUUUAUCUAAUAAUCUAUACCUGUUGUGGAACUCACGUAUGUUUUCGAAGAAAAUAGUGAGUGUAAGUUUUCAGUUCGAGGUUCGCGGCUCUCCCUCCACCACCCUGCGCCCCACCCUGCCCCGCGCCGCCGCCCCCCCCU